AUGGAAGUUCUCAAGUCAACACCGAGGUCUUCCCACUUCGGCAUCGCAUGUCCGUACUCUGACCAGCGACGAGAGACGCGUAAGGCAUUGUUGAAGGCUGGACUGCAGAACAUCCGAGUCGGCACAAUCGAAUUCUGGCAGGGCGAAGAGAUUGACCUGAUGAUUAUGGACCUCGUUCACGCGGGAAAUGACCACGGCGCUCUCGACUUCCUAGGCAAGAAGGAGCGUCUGAAAUGUUCUUCUUACUCGACAGACCCAGCAUCUAUUCGUCUAUGGAGCAAGGAAAAACACGCCACUCGGAAGAUCCGGUGCGCACCCGAGGACGUGGAAAAAGAAGCUGAAAGCGAAGCUAGCCAAGCGGCGCGUGCGACCCUGAAAAGCAACCUUCAACAACAGAUCAACCAGGAAUUGAAGGAUCAGCUCCGAAAGGAGCUGAGAGGAGAGAUGGAGGCGAGCAUAAGGUCGGAGAUUCAACAGGAGGUGAAGGCGGCCUACCAGGCCAAACUGGCAAGUCUGGACUGA